ACUCGAGGCUAUGACAAGCUGUGCUCUCACAAGUGUGUGAGCCACCGGGGUGUGAACAGAGGACAGUGUAAUUUAGUUGCCACCACUCGCACUUGGGAAGAGACUGUGGAGUCAGUGACAUCACUGCGCAUUUACAAUAGACUCAAGGUGGAGCAAAACAAAGUGGACAUAGGAAAAAGCAGGGGACCGCGCGAGGGCCACCAAAUGUGAACUACACAGCGAUACAGGUGCAGUGAAAUUGGCGGCGCACUUAGGAUGCAGAAGUCACCUGUGGAAGAUGCAAACUUCCUCUCCAAGUUUUUCUUCUGUUGGACAUCCCCAUUGUUAAGGAAGGGCUUCAAAAAGACGUUGGAGUUGACAGAUGUUUACAAGGCACCUUCGUAUGACCUUGCAGAUAACCUCUCCGAAAGACUAGAAAGAGAAUGGGACCGAGAAGUAGCUUCGUCCAAGCAGAAGCCUCGGCUCAUGCGAGCUCUCUCCCGCUGUUUCCUGUGGCCGUUUCUUUUUUAUGGAGUUCUUUUGUACUUUGGGGAGGCCUCCAAGACAGUGCAGCCCCAGCUUCUGGGGCGAAUCAUUGCUUCUUUCGACCCUUUCCAUGCCCCAGAGAGGGAGCAGGGCUACUACCUGGCUCUGGGCCUCUGCCUGCUUUUCACUGUGCGUUUCCUCCUCCUCCAGCCCGCCAUCUUUGGCUUGCACCACCUGGGCAUGCAGAUCCGCAUCGCCCUAUUCAGUCUAAUCUAUAAAAAGACUCUGAAGCUGUCGAGCCGUGUCCUGGAUAAGAUCAGCACAGGUCAGCUGGUUAGCCUAAUGUCUGCCCACCUUAACAAGCUGGACGAGAGUCUGGGCCUGGCACACUUUGUGUGGAUUACCCCUCUCCAGUGUAUCCUCUGUGUGGGGCUGAUUUGGGAGUUGAUCGAGGUCAACGGCUUCUGUGCCCUGGCUGCCCUAACCCUGCUGGGCAUCGUCCAGGCGUGCCUCUCCCAGAAGAUGGGCCCGCACAGGGUGAAGAGGGCCGGGAUGAUCAGCCGCCGUCUGGCUCUCACCACAGAGAUCGUGGAGAACAUUCAUUCAGUCAAAGCUUAUGGCUGGGAAGAAGUCAUGGAAACCAUCAUCAAGAAUAUCAGACAGGGUGAGAUGACGCUGACACGUAAGAUUGGUUCCCUGCGCUACUUCUACAGCGCCUCUUACUUCUUUUCGGCCAUCCUGGUCAUCGUGUCGGCCAUCGUUCCGCACGCACUCAGCAAGGGCAUUAUCCUGCGCCGCAUCUUCACCACGGCGUCCUACUGCAUGGUGCUGCGCAUGACCCUCACCCGCCAGCUGCCUGGCUCCAUCCAGAUGUGGUACGAUACCCUGGCGCUGGUCAAGAAGAUAGAGGAAUAUCUCACCAAAGAAGAAUACAAAGUGUUGGAGUACAACCUCACCACAACUGAAGUGGAGCUGGUGAAUGUCUCUGCUUCUUGGGAUGAGGGCAUAGGGGAGCUUUUUGAGAAGAUCAAGCAAGAGAACAAGGCCAACAGUCACCCAAAUGACGAUGCCAGCGUCUUUUUCACCAACCUGUAUGUUACUCCUGUCCUAAAGAACAUCAGCCUGUACCUGGAGAAGGGCAAGAUGUUGGCUGUGGCUGGCUCCACCGGCUCUGGGAAGAGUUCCCUGCUGAUGAUGAUCCUUGGGGAGCUGGUCCCUUCAGAAGGGAAGAUUCGACACAGCGGACGGAUCUCAUUCUCCUCUCAAACUUCCUGGAUCAUGCCAGGAACCAUCCGUGACAACAUCCUGUUUGGGCUGGUCUACGAUGAAUACCGCUACACUUCAGUCGUCAAAGCCUGCCAACUAGAAGAGGACCUGGCCCUGCUACCAGAGAAAGACAAGACUUCCCUUGUAGAGGGUGGGGUGACUCUCAGUGGGGGUCAAAGGGCACGUAUCAGUCUUGCCAGGGCUGUGUACAAAGAUGCCGACCUCUACCUAUUGGAUUCGCCUUUCACACACCUGGAUAUAGUGACAGAGAAGGAGAUCUUUGAGAGGUGCUUUUGUAAACUGAUGGCCUCUAAAACACGCAUAGUGGUCACCAGCAAACUGGACCACCUCAAGCGGGCCGACAAGAUUCUGCUGCUCCACAAUGGCAUCUGCUACUUCUAUGGCUCCUUCUCUGAGCUUCAGGCACAGCGCCCGGACUUCAGCUCACUACUCCUCGGUCUCGAGGCUUACGACAACAUAAAUGCUGAGAGGCGGAGUUCCAUCCUGACCGAAACCCUCCGCCGGGUCUCUGUCGACGAAUCGGCCGGUCUACGAGGUUCUGAGCCCUUUCGCCAAUCCUUCCGCCAGCCCCCACCGCCUAUCCUUAUCACUGGACCCCAAGGCACGCCCGGAGUUGACGGUCACACAGAAAAACGUAAACAGUCCCUCAUCCUCAACCCACUAGCAGCCGCUCGCAAGUUCUCCUUCAUUGGAAACUCCCAACAAAAUGCUAAUGGCCCUUCGAACACCAUUGAAGAUGGAGUACGGGAACUCUCCGAGCGCAAGUUUUCAGUUGUUCCUGAAGAUGACCAAGUGGAAGAAGUUCUGCCCAGGAGCAACCUGUACCACAAUGGGCUGCAGCACCUCAGCGGGCAGCGGCGCCAGUCUGUGUUGUCAUUUAUCACCAAUGCCCAGGGGCAGGGUCGGAGAGAGCACCUACAGUCCUCCUUCAGGAAGAAACUGUCCAUCACACCUCAGUGCGAGCUGGCCUCAGAGUUAGACAUCUACGCUCGGCGCCUCUCUAAGGAUUGUUCGUACGAUAACAGUGAGGAAAUUCAAAUGUACUCUGUGCAGGAAUGCUUUGCCGACGAGAGGGAGGACGUCUUUGAGACGACCUCGUGGAACACCUACCUGCGAUACAUCACUACCAACAGGAACCUGGUCUAUGUCCUUAUCUUCAUCUGUUUGGUGUUUGUGAUAGAGGUUACUGGCUCCGUCCUUGGCAUAUUUCUCAUUACAGAUAAGAUCUGGAGUGAAGAGGCCAACCCUUUGGCAUCAAACUUUGUCGACACACAACACCCCAACAGCUCAGAGUCUAAUUCCUAUCUGGGAGUCAUCGUCACGCCCACCAGUUCUUAUUACAUCAUCUACAUUUACGUGGCGACUUCUGAGAGCGUGCUGGCGUUGGGCUUCUUCCGAGGCCUCCCAUUGGUUCACACGCUGCUUACCGUAUCCAAGAGGCUCCACGAACAAAUGCUGAGCGCCGUGCUCAGGGCACCCAUGGCCGUCCUUAACACCGUGAAAACUGGUCGGAUCAUGGACAGGUUCACCAAAGACAUGGCCACCAUUGAUGACAUGCUGCCUCUAGUGCUGUUUGACCUCAUUCAGUUGACAUUGAUAGUCCUGGGGGCCAUCUUCACCGUGUCCAUAAUGCGUCCGUACAUCUUCAUCGCUGCCAUCCCCCUGGCGUGCCUCUUUCUGGCCCUCAGGAAAUACUUCCUGCGUACAGGACAGCAGCUCAGACAGCUGGAGGCGGAAGCCCGCAGUCCCAUCUUCUCCCACCUCAUCAUCUCCCUGAAGGGGCUGUGGACCAUCCGGGCGUUCGGCCGCCAGUCCUACUUCGAGACCCUGUUCCACAAGGCGCUCAACACGCACACGGCCGCCUGGUUCCACUACCUCUCCACGCUGCGCUGGUUCCUCUUUCGCUGUGACAUCAUCUUCGUCUUUUUCUUCUCCGCCGCGGCCUUCAUUGCUGUAGGAACAAACCAGGAUAAGCCUGGUGAGAUUGGCAUCAUUGUAGCCCUUGCCAUGCUCAUUCUGGGGACUUUCCAGUGGGCUGUUAUCACCAGCAUUACUGUAGAUGGACUGAUGCGGUCGGUGGACCGAGUCUUCAAGUUCAUCGACCUGCCGUCAGAAGAGCCUCGGCCCAGUGGGGGUAAAGGCCUGGACCUGGUCAUCAACAAUCCCCACGCCCAGGAGGACUGGCCCAACCAGGGCCACAUGGACAUCCAGGGCCUGACGGUCAAGUACACAAAGGCUGGCCGUGCCGUGCUGCAGAACCUCUCCUUCACGGUUGAGGGGGGUCAGAGUGUGGGAGUCUUGGGGAGGACAGGCUCAGGGAAGAGCACCCUUCUCUCUGCUCUGCUGCGCCUGGCUUCUACAGACGGAGAGAUUACCAUCGAUGGAAUCUCCUGGAACAGCGUCUCCCUGCAGACCUGGAGGAAAGCCUUCGGAGUGGUGCCACAGAAAAUCUUCAUCCUUACUGGAACGUUCCGUAUGAAUCUGGACCCGCACACUCGUUACAGUGACGAGGACCUCUGGAGGGUGGCUGAGGAGGUGGGUCUGAAGUCUGUGAUUGAGCAGUUCCCUGACAAGCUGGACUUCCAGUUAGAGGACGGGGGCUACGUCCUCAGUAACGGCCACAAGCAGCUCAUGUGUCUGGCCCGCUCUAUUCUCAGCAAGGCCCGCAUUCUACUGCUGGACGAGCCCAGUGCCUACCUGGAACCUAUAACGUUGCAGGUACUGCGGAAGACACUGAAGCAGUCGUUUUCCAACUGCACUGUCAUCCUGUCAGAACACAGAGUGGAACCACUUCUGGAGUGCCAGUCUUUCUUGAUGAUCGAGGGCAGCUCCAUAAAGAGGUACGACUCCAUCCAGAAGCUGCUGAACGAGACCAGCCACCUGAAGCAGGCCAUAAGCGCGGCAGAGCGCCUCAAGCUCUUCCCGCUGCACCGCCUCAACUCCAGCAAGCGCGCCCCGCAGACCACCAAGAUCUCCGCCCUGCAGGAGGAGGCGGAGGAGGAGGUGCAGGACACUCGCCUCUGAGGUGGGGCCGGAGUCUGGAGAGAGGGAAAGGGUGGGAAGCCUUUUUAACUGACAAUUCCCCAAAAGUAAUUUGGGGAAUUCACUUUAAUGAGUCUGAGGCCCAAUAUAAUUACCCUGUAACUAGUGUUAGUGACGUUAGCUUGUGACUUUGUACUAUAAGACAGUAGGCGGCACUAUCUGCUGUUUUCUACGAGACAACUGAUUUGAAAAUAUUUUGGGAAAACACUUUAUUUCAAAGGGGUAUACAUAGGCAUGUAUAAAGCAUGUGAAAGAGAAUUUGAGCAUUAUGCAUUCCAUAGAUAUUUCCUAAUACUUUUAUAAAUGCUUUCAACAUUCAUACACUUUUUUGCAUUCAUGUCAUAUUUAUGUCAUUCCUGUCAAGACUUAGCAACAGAAUGUGAAUUUAGGGCACUUUCUGAAGUUCUCCCAGGUACAAUGACACCUUGGUAGCCAGGUUUUCUGGCUCUUCUUAGGCGACCUGGAGACAGCACUUGCUCAAAUAUAUAGUACAGCACUUGUUAAUACAGACAUUUGUCUAUCUUAAAACAUUCUAUUGGUAGACUGAGACAGACAAACUAGAGAAACUGACUACUGUGUUGUUUUCAAACACCUGCUAAAAUGACGUUAAUCGAACUAUUCAAUGCCUUUAUUUGACCUAUGUACAUUGAAUGCUUGAACUGGAAUUCAAUAUAUAUAUAUAUACAUACACUGUGGAGAGAGAGAGGUUUAAAUGAGCAGGUCUUUAUUUUACUAACAGUCAUGACAACAAAUGUUAAAAUUACAUUUAUUUUAGAAUUGGAAGCAAUCAGAAAGUGGCAUGAAUUCACAUACUAUUCCUAUGGACUGUAAUGAAUGUUGAACAACAUAUUUGGAGAUGUCAUGAUGUCAUGAAUGAUCUCUUGACAUGCUUAUGUAUACUCCUUUCAAGUGAAAUCAAUGUUUUUUGGGUUAUUUACACUCAUGAGCAACACUUGUUCAGUGGUAAUUACGUAGGUGUACUGUGUGUUGUUGCGUAGGUGGUAAUUGACUUGUAAUUAUGCAAUGAUCUGUAACAGGGCCUGAAAAACCCAGAGAACCAUCUUAAUUCCUCUUUGUCCCCAAUUCUGACCCUUUCUAGACCAAACAUGACUAACUGGAUGCAGUUUCAUGCUAUUAUGAUCAUUCCAAGUGCCUUUGCAGGAUCAUUUUUGAAUAUGGUGGCAAACAUUUUUGUUUUAAGUAACUUUUUUGUACAGUACUAGAGGCUAUUCAAUCAACAAGGGAGUCAGGUGGCUGAGCGGUGAGGGAAUUGGACUAGUAAUCCGAAGGUUGCCAGUUCGAUUCCCGGUCAUGCAAACUGAUGUUGUGUCCUUGGGCAAGGCACUUCACCCUACUUGCCUCGGGGGAAUGUCCCUGUACUUACUGUAAGUUGCUCUGGAUAAGAGCGUCUGCUAAAUGACUAAAUGUAAACAUGUUGAUCGGAACCAUUUUGGGAGCAAAAAGUAGUAUUUACGUGAUGAGUAUAUACAUUUGCGUGAAUGAAAGCCCUAAAACCUAAUUCAGCAUCAGGAUUUAAAAUGGUCUCAAACUUGAAAGGAAACUGGCUGUAAAUCAAAGUAGGACGAGGGUGUACCUCUACAUGCUGAUUUGAGAUCAGAUUAGCAUUCUGUUGUUCUGACGAAUCUAGAAACUGCAGUGAGAUGAUCUGGCUGUAGAGCUGCGUUUACAAGGGUCUUUGCUAAAAGUCUACCCACUGUAAAUACACAUAAUAGUGAUGGCAUGGGUGAUGAUACCAUGCACAAGUGGUUAAAUGCCCUUUAUUUUUGUGUAUGCACUUUAAAAACACCUGAGGUACUCUUUUGCUUUUUUCCCCAUGGUGGUAUAAUAGAGAGGAAAAGUAAAUGAUCGAAUGCUGUAUAAAAACGACACCCUUAUCAAACGUGAUUUGAUGGAAUUCAGAAUUCAAAAUCUUUUUUUGGCACAUUGUUCCUUCGAGAUAUCUAAUGAUUUUAUAAUACAUAGAUGCAAGAUUAUUUUUCUUUUUCGACAAUGUCAAUUAAAACAAAGCAUGUUCUUAUUCAUAGGAAAUUGACACAAAUGUUGAAACAUGUAUGAAGAUUUCAUGUAUCAAUUUCAUAUCUAUAAUCAGUUAUAUUUCCAGUAAAAAUAUGAUUUUAAGAGGACUGUGUUUAUUGGUGUAACAAAUAAGUCCGGACGAGCAUUGUGGGGUCAACAGUGCAGUUUAAUGGUUGUGCUGAAAGGAAGCUGGACAUUUCUUUAAACAUCUAUUAUACAGAUCAACAUCAGAGGCUGAAAUAUUUCCUGUACGUAUUACAAAUGUUGACAAAAAAAACACAUUUUCCUUCUUGAAAAAAAAACUUUAAAAACAAAUGUAAAGAAGGAAACAAAGAAGGCAAACAAACCAAAAAUGCUUUUAUAUAUUUAAUAUUUUUGUUUCGGGCUCAACAGAAGUCAAAGAAAAACAACCAUAACUCUGAUGGAAUUAUGGGUAGUGUAAAUAUUUAUUAUGGCUUACGG